UGUCUGUUCCUGGAAUGGGCCAGGAGGGAGGAGGAGCGAGCGGAAGGGGACGGUGUGUUGGCUGGCCAGCCCCAGAGUCAACAGAAGACAGCCCCUCCGGUGGCCAGUGUGGGUGUCCUGGGACUGGCUGCAGGCAUGGCCGAGUCUACAGAGGCCCGGAAGCUGGUGUACCUGGUCACAGGUGGCUGCGGCUUCCUGGGGGAGCAUGUGGUGCGGAUGCUUCUGCAGCGGGAACCCCGGCUCUUGGAGCUGCGGGUCUUUGACCUGCACCUGGGUCCCUGGCUGGAGGAGCUGAAGACAGGGCCCGUGCAGGUGACUGCCAUCCAGGGGGAUGUGACCCAGGCCCACGAGGUGGCAGCGGCUGUGGCUGGAGCCCAUGUGGUCAUCCACACAGCUGGGCUGGUGGAUGUGUUCGGGAGGGCCAGCCCCGAGACCAUCUAUGAGGUCAACGUACAGGGCACAAAGAACGUGAUUGAGGCUUGUGUGCAGACUGGAACACGGUUCCUGGUCUACACAAGCAGCAUGGAAGUUGUGGGGCCCAACAUCAAAGGCCACCCCUUCUACAGGGGCAACGAGGACACCCCCUAUGAAGCAGUGCACAGUCACCCCUAUCCUUGCAGCAAGGCCCAAGCUGAGCGGCUGGUCCUGGAAGCCAACGGAAGGGAGGUCCAUGGGGGGCUGCCCCUGGUGACAUGUGCCCUGCGUCCCACUGGCAUCUACGGUGAAGGCCACCAGAUCAUGCGGGACUUCUACCACCAAGGCCUUCGCCUGGGGGGUCGGCUCUUCCGGGCCAUCCCAGCCUCCGUGGAGCAUGGUCGGGUCUACGUGGGCAAUGUGGCCUGGAUGCACGUGCUGGUGGCCCGGGAGCUGGAGCGGCGAGCAGCACUCAUGGGUGGCCAGGUGUACUUCUGCUAUGACGAGUCGCCCUAUAAGAGCUACGAGGACUUCAACAUGGAGUUCCUGGGCCCCUGCGGGCUGCGACUGGUGGAGUCCCGCCUGCUGGUGCCCUACUGGCUGCUGGUGCUUCUGGCUGCUCUCAACGCCCUGCUGCAGUGGCUGCUGCGGCCCCUGUUUCUCUACGCCCCCCUGCUCAACCCCUACACACUGGCUGUGGCCAACACGACCUUCACUGUGAGCACCGACAAGGCGCAGCGCCACUUUGGCUAUGUACCCCUGUUCUCGUGGGAGGACAGCCGGACCCGCACCAUCCGCUGGGUGCAGACCAUGGAGGGCUCAGCCCAGUGACGGUGGAGCUGGGGCCUGGAGCUCGGUGUGUGGC